AUGCUCUCCCAGGAAGUCUACUCGGACUUGCUGAGUUUCACAUUCGAUGGCCCAAAGCCUUACAACCAAAAUCAACCACUGUUCAUUGAUGCAGAGGAUCCUUCUCGAUCAUUUACCGCUGUUCAAUUCCGACAGCUGGUUCGAACUCUGAUCGCUGGUUUAAAAGCCCACAAUGUUCAGCCUGGAGAUUGUGUAUUGUUACACUUGGGAAAUAGUAUACUAUAUCCUGCACUCUUCUUCGGUAUCAUCGGCGCCGGCGGUGUCUACAUGGGAUCCAACCCCCGAAGCCACUCCCAAGAACUCGAUCACAUCAUCAGCCUCGCCGAGCCAAAACUCAUCCUCACGACACACGAGGCUCUCCCCGCCGUCCUCGAUGUCUCCGCUGCCCGCGGCAUGCACCCAGCACAGGUCUGCCUCGUGGAUGAGCGAUCCAUCGACCACUGCGCAAAACUAUUCCUGUGGCAGGAACAUGGAUAUUCAUCGACCGGAGAAAUCCGCGCAGUGAAUGUCGGCAACCGUCACAAUCAUUUCGCCAACCUAAUCCGCUACGGCGAAAGCGACUGGCUAAAAUUCUCCGACCCUGUCGUCGCACAAGCCACACCUGCAGCCAUGUACCCAACCAGCGGUACCGGUGGGCUACCCAAAGCAGCAAUCCUGUCCCACCAUGCGCUUGUUUCCCAGCAUCGCAUCAUUUACUAUGACGUGCCGCAUCCAGUCAGUCGGCUCAUCUCGCUGCCCAUGUUCCAUCUCUUUGGUGCGCUUUGGACGCAUCUCUUCCCUGUCCGCUACGGACAUCCGCUGUUCGUCAUGGCACGCUUCGAGAUCAAUGAUUUUCUGGCUGCUGUCCACAAGUACCAGAUCACAGAAACUUACCUCGUCCCGGCUGUCAUUCACUCUAUCAACCAGUCCACGGUCCCCAUCGGGGAGAUGUUGUCAUCGCUGCGCUACGUGGGUGUUGCCGGCGCUCCUAUUGAUGGUCACUCCAUGCAGCAGUUCCGCAGCUAUAUCAACCCGAUGGGAUACGCUGGUCAGAUCUGGGGAAUGACCGAGGUUGGUGUGACGUUCCAGACUCGUUGGGGCCAGCAAGGUGACCCGGGAAGUAUAGGCACCUGCCUUGCGGGAUACGAGGCCCGCCUGGUGAAAUCGGAUGGUGAAAUCGUGCGGGGCGAUUGCUAUUCGGGUGAGCUGUACGUCCGCGGGCCCGGUCUCCUCAGUGCGUACAAGGGCCGCACAGAUGCAUUGGAGCAUGGAUGGUUCCGAACGGGAGAUGUGGCGUACGUCAAGCAAGGCCAAUAUUACAUUGUCGGACGGACCAAGGAGCUUAUCAAAGUACGAGGAUGGCAAGUCGCUCCAGCUGAAAUCGAACAUGUCCUCCUGCAACACCCGGGAAUUUUGGAUGCCGCCGUGAUCGGCGUGAACACGGAUGGUGUGGGCGAGGUCCCACGCGCCUUCAUCGUGCGCUCUCGCGACCCAUCCAUACACCGGCUCACCGGCCAGGAAGUUUACAACUACGCACGCCUGCAAUUGGCUACAUACAAAGCUCUCGAUGGAGGUGUCGUAUUCGUAGAAGAGAUCCCUCGCACUGCCAGUGGAAAGAUCCAGCGCUUUCGACUUUCCCAGAUGAACUCCUACCGUGAGAUGGUGGCGUCCCUACUGUCCCGAUUCGACGGUGACGGAUCGGCUCUAGCCACCGCAGCUCGACAUGAACUCCCCGCUGCGGCUGAGCGGACGCAUGUCAGCAUCAUCCCCGAAGGACGGGUUGCAGUCUAA